UUGAACAAAGGCCAAACCUUUGUCAUACUUUUUAUUGGCUUAGAGAGAAAAAAGGGAAAAAUUCAAUUUGUGAAUCUGUGGAAUCAGCCAAAACGGGUCUGCCUCUGUGGAUGCUUGGCUUCGGGGCCGACAGGUUACGAGCCGACAUGAAUCGUCUGCUCGCCCUACUCUUCCAUCAAGGAGUGUUGGAUGAGCAAUUCUUGCAGCUGCAACAGCUCCAAGAUGAGAGCUCUCCAAACUUUGUAUCAGAAGUUGUAAACAUUUACUUCCAAGAGUCUGAGAGGCUAUUGAAAAAUCUAAGAGCAUUAUUAGUUGACAGAGAGUUGACUGACUGCAAGAAAAUGGGAAGCCAUUUGAAUCAGCUGAUGGGGAGCAGCUCCAGUAUAGGAGCCAACAGAGUCAGAAAUGUCUGCAUUGCCUUUCGAGCCGCUUCUGAACAAAACAAUCGUGCUGGGUGCUUGAGAGCAUUGGAAGUUCUUGAACACGAGUAUUGUUACUUAAAGAGCAAACUCCACGAGCUGUUUCAGAUAGAGCAGCAAAGAGUUUUAGCCGCAGGAGUUAGAUACCCAAUGCAGCAGAAUUAAAAGGGGAGAAGAAAAAGAAGUAGUUUAUAAUGAGAAGAUAAAAAAGGGGAUGAUUUGGGAGAAGCAAAAGAGCCUAUCGUCUGUUUCCAAAAAAGAACAAUGGGAUGGCCCAUUGGAAAACCCUACUUUUUUUCUCAACUCAAACAUCUUUUGAAUUUUUGUAGAGUUUAUCAUAUUCUUUUUCUUUGCUUCCCUUUUUUUUCUUGGUUUUGGGUUGAGUUUUAUCUGCCAAAAAGUGGCUGUGCUUGUAACAUUAGAUUCAAACUAAUGAUACUCUCAUCAAGUUUGACAGUUCCUUAUAGAAAAUGGUAAAA